AUGGAUAUCUUAGGCCUAACAAUCCGUAAAAUCGGAAACGAGUGUCAGCAUUGCAUAAAAGCAAUAUACCGGUCAAAUAAAGUGGUCAGAGAAAAAUGUACAGCAAUUAACAUGGCUUACAGAAUCUACGGGCGCACUCCGUCCCCAGGCAGCUGUCCAAUUAUAGUGCUCCAUGGCUGUCUCGGAAGUAAAAGAAACUGGGAAAAAAUGUGCGGUUAUUUAACAGCGUCUACAAAUAAACCUGUGAUAGCAGUGGACGCUCGCAACUAUGGAGAUAGCCCCUACACCCCUGAACACGAUUAUUAUAGCCUGGCUGCAGAUGUUUCCAAUUUAAUGACCAAAUUUUCUAUUGAGCGCAGUAUUAUUAUAGGUCACUGCAUGGGCGGCAAGACUGGGAUGGUUUUGGCUCUGACCGAGCCAUUCAAAGUAGCAAGUUUGAUCGUCGUAGACACAUCACCAGCGUCGAAAUCAGGUGCUAUGGAUAUUGAAUAUCCUAAGAUCAUGGAAGCCAUGUCCACAAUUGACUUUAAAGGAAUGGAUUUGCAGAAGGCAAUGGAUUUUGCCCAAAGUAAAAUGUUGAAACUUAAUUUAUUCCAUUCUGAGCAUGAACUGCAAACUGUUUUACUGAAUAUUGGAAAGUUGGCUGAUAAGUCCAUAGGGUGGAGAUAUAAUCUUAAAACCUUAAUGAACACAACUGACGAUAUCAACUCAUUUCCCGAUAUGUUUGGAACAUAUUAUUAUGGCCCUACGCUAUUCGUCGCAGGCAGGCUGUCAUACGCUAUACCUCCUGAAGACUUGCAAUGCAUCCAACACCUGUUUCCCAACGCCCGCGUGGUCUACGUCGAAGGCGUUGGACAUAACGUCCAUGAAGAGGACCCAGAUGCAUUCUUCGCUGCGAUCGCAGAGUUUUUAUUCCAGAAACCAAAGAUUCAAAUAACAUAA